AAAUUAUGAUGGAAAAAAAUACAUGGCUCAAGAAAAAGCACCUAGUCUGUUACAAUGGAAUGACUUCAAGAACUUGACACAAAGAAAACAAGAAGCAGAUUCAGUAGCACCUAAGGACGAGUGCCGCUUAUUAGUACAAAAGAAGCACCCUCAAGAAGAAAGCCAAGAAGCAGACAGUUAUGGUCGUCAGAUUUCAAGCUCAAUGCAAGUUACAAAGGUUUUGGCGAAAAAACAUCGUGUGUUAGAGUAUGAACAUCGCAAGUCGGACACGGAGCAUGAUGUAAAGAAACUGCCCGUUUCAACAGAUAUCAAAAGAGGAAGUCUUCGUUUAGAUGGUUCAAUGUCCUGCACAUACCCUAUCCGUUUUAAAACAUACGUAUUUAUGAUUUUACUGUCUUUCCAUCUUUCCGAUGCCAUGAACAUACAACCUCCAACCGAACACGAUCAAAGUCUCACGGAGAUACAAACCUUUGUGUCUCUCAGCACUUCUUACUGCAACCCUUCAAAUUUAGAUAUGACACAGACUUGCCUUUUUCCAGGAAGUGAUAAACUACGAGACUUACUCGAUUAUUGCGAAUUCAAUAAAACGUGUUUAUCGGGAUAUACACCUGUAUGUGUCAACACUGAAAAAGGAAUGGCUUUCAUCUGCGCUCCAAUGCAUCCUAUAUGCAAAAAAGGUCAUUGGUGGAGAGUAAUGCAAGACGAGGAGAACCCUUCAAAGAUUAAAGUUAUUGUCGAGAAAUGUCCAACUGGUUAUUUCCAGGAAACAAAUUCAAACUGUAUCAAUGCCUGUAGAUCAAAGCACUUAAAUUUAACAAAUAUUGAAGAAAGAUAUUUGAUCUAUAGUGAAGGUAACCAUAUCUACCCAACCAUUGUCUAUUGUAACUACAAAGAAGGAUACUAUAACAGAGCUGGUAGAUUUCUAUUAGAUUACGACAGGGAAAGUGUAUAUGAACCUUAUUUCUGUAGUGGGAACGCUGAAGUAAACAAUCCAUGCGUAGAAGGACAAAAACCUUUGCCUAAUGGGACAUGUGUUCUUCCUUGCAACCCGAAUGAAUGUAGAGAUGACCAUAAUUACUUUAUCUGCAAACAGACUUGCCGGGACCAUCUUAGAGAUGGACAUUCCAUUACAGUUACUGUAUCAGAAAAUCCUGACUUAGACACCGAUGUUGCCGAAUGCGAUGGGGAACCAUGGGUUUGUGAAAAUGGGAUAUGCAAACAAUCUUUAAACGAACAUGUUUGCCAAUGCAACCCAGGAUUUGUGAUUGAUGGGGAAACUGGAAGAUGUAUAGGAUCAGAUGUGACCCCCCAAACAGAACCUUUAGCAACGGGAAUCAUCUUUGUUAUUGUUACCUGUGUGAUAUUUGUUUGUUUGAUGACCAUUAUAACUGUGUUUUGCACUCCAAAAAAAUGUAAACCAUCGGGUGAAUUAGAAGACGGAAACUCUUCUCAGCAUGAUAUCUCUUCAUCUGACACAGAUAAUGCACCAUUUCCUAAUGGCCCUUGUGAAGAGGAGAAGGAACAUCUGUUAGCUAAUUCAAAUAUUGGUGAUACAAAGUCAAAUCCCGGAGAGUUCAAAAAAGAUGCCGAUGACACUAACACACAAGCUGCAACGAAUUGUCUGAACAAGCUUUUCCUGAGCUGCGGCGCAAUAAUACUCAAGAAAAAGGUUAUUGGGUCUGCUUUCCGUGUUGGUCCAUGUUAUGUGAUGACAGACUUUCAUGUUAUUCGUGAUUUAAGUCGAGAUUUGACGGGAAAAACAGACUAUGACUUUUCACGGAUUGAACGAGAACAUAAUUUACAUGUAAAUUUCAACGGUUCUUUCAUCGACAAACACAGACGGGAUAUUCUAUUAAAAUAUCGAUAUCAUGAUGAGGAAAACGAUUGUGCUGUACUUGAAAUAAAAGAUACCGACCUGCACCAGAACCUCCCGGACCCUCUAUUUCUAUGGAAAUACGACAGCUAUCAUUUGCGUAUAAACGAAGCUUUUCUCAUAGGUUAUGGUAAUAAGAACAACCCAAAUGAAAAACAUUCUGAUAAAUGUAUCAUAAUCGGAGAGGACCCUUUUAAUACAAGGUAUAGGGAGGCCCUAGCAAGCUUGCAUCAAAAUGCAGAGGUGUACAAAAAUGACAUACAAGAACGAGGAUUUGAUACAUCCUCUGUAGAUCGGGGAUAUUAUGAUGUUGAAAACGAAAGGUUAUUUAAAUUUGAUUGCUUUUUGGAAAAAGGUUCAUCAGGUGCCCCAGUUAUUACAAAUGAAGUAAAUUCACCAAAGGUGAUAGGCUUAUUUAUAGGUGGUAAGCCAGAUUUUUUCUAUGAAUUGUCUGACAUGCAACAAGCCGCGUUUGAAAGGAAAUAUUUAUUUGAGGUUGGAGUAAAAAUGAAUUGGAUAUACCAAAGAAUGGAAAGGGAAGACCCGGACCUUGCUUCUGAAAUAUUUCCUACAAAUUAAAAAAUAACAGAACAUGAAGUCUUGUUUCAGAUAUUAAAAAAGAAACAAUUUCAUCAGAUUUUUGAAUUUGUAUUCCAAUAAUAAAUACAUUCUUGUAUGUCUUUAUUAUGAUUUCUUUUCUAUGUAUUAUUGUUUGAUU